UUCCUCCUCCUCCUCCUUCUCCAAACAUGGCGCCGGCCCGCAGCUGUGCUGCCUCCCCGACGGACGACGCGGAGAAGCGGCGUAAGGAGCGUCGUAGGAAUGAGUAGAUUUUUUAUUUUUUUUAAUUCUGAACGUGUUUUGAAACUUGUUUGAAACGAAAUAAGGACUACAACAACAGUUACUUUCUGCUUCGUAACUGAACCGAAGGGAAGCUUUUACGCACAGCUUUUGGAAAAGUUCGUGCGUCAGAUUGUGUGCGUAACGGGAAGCCCACCUGUUCGACGAAGGUAGAUUUCAAUCCUUUUCUACUAGGAUGUGAAAUCUCCCUGAUUUUAAAUCAAACAACGGAGCAAACGGAGAGGAAAGACUGAACUGGAGGUCAGAGCUGGCGCCGGAGAAAAUAUGUUCAGCUCUUGGAGGAGCAGGAACACAGAGGUUGUAGGGGAGUAAGUCUUUCCAAGGAAAAGGAGAGAGAACAACAACAACUUUUCCGCUGUUCCACUUGAAGAGGAUGGAUGGAGAACAUUCUGCACUGUCAGGAGUUGAGAGGGACAGAGAGAGGCUUCCACCAAUUUACAGCAACUCUUCUUCUGUUGUUUUGGGACGAGGAGCAAAGCAGCCAUUUCCAUCUCUGGGUAACUUCAUUUCAUCUCUUAGUCAAAAAAGGGAUGCAGGAGGGCGGGGCUUUCCUGCCAGCUUUGCGGGCACCUUGACCAGCACAGUGGGACUCAGACACGGAAGAGAACUGCCUCCAAUCUGCAAUGAUGUUCGUCAGAAGCACCGACUCUCCAUCGACACUCUGCCUCCAGAACUCAAAGCCCCGUUCCCCUUGGACCCCAUCAUUCCACUUCGUACCAAGACUACCAAAGAGUUUCAAGAGGAUAUGGAUCGUGCUACCCAAUCAGGAGACUGGAGGGAAGUUAGAGACUUUUAUCUGACCACCUUCGAAUCUUUCAUUGAAAUCAACGCAGCCUUCAAGCGGGAGGCGAAUGGAUUAUUCAACACAAUAGAGGACUCAGGAGUCAACGCAAAGUUUGUCAAUGCUGUCUAUGAUACGCUGCUCGGCACACCUCAAGACAUCCAGAAGUCAGUCCUGAAAGGGAUCAUUAACAGCCUGCUGAGGGAGUGGAAAGGACCUCGAACCAAAGACGAUCUACGAGCAUAUUUCAUCCUUCUUCAGAACCCCCAGUAUUCAAGCACCAACACGUAUGUGAUAUACGCUCACCUGUUGCGCCAGAUCGCUGCUUUGUCUGAGGCUGAUCACCACUUCCUGGUUCAUUGGCUCAAAAGACUGUCUGCACGCCGCUUCCGACAGCUGGUAGAGCGCCUCCUGCAGUUCAUCUCCACUCGCCUGUUUCCUGGAGACCCAGAUGAACUUCCUCCUCUGUCAAAGUGCUCCUGGUGGAUUCCCUCUGCUACCAAAGUGCUCAGCCUAUUCAAUGCAGCCAACAGUGUCUCCUCUCCACCCAUUAUGCCCUUCACUGACUUCUACAACAUCACUCUUGACCACAUUGAUUUCAUGGAGGAGUACAGAAUCUGGCAGAACCACGGCAACUCAAAUCGGUUUUCUUUCUGUCAGUUUCCGUUCAUCCUGUCCACAGUGGUGAAGAAAGCCAUCAUUCAAAAAGACUCGGAACAGCAGAUGAUCAGCCAGGCCAGGCAAAGCCUGGUCAGUAAAGUUUCUCGCAGGCAGAGAGUGGACAUGAACCUUCUGUUCCUCAACAUUAAAGUACGACGAGCACAACUUCUCAGCGACUCGCUGGAUGAGUUGACGAGAAAGCGGUGUGACCUGAAGAAGAAGCUUCGUGUGACGUUUGUCGGGGAGGCGGGGCUUGACAUGGGCGGCCUGACGAAGGAGUGGUUCCUGCUGCUGGUGCGACAGAUCUUCCACACAGACUAUGGGAUGUUCACCUACAUGAAAGACUCGCGCUGCCAUUGGUUCAGCAGUUGGAAGUGUGACAACUAUUCAGAGUUCCAGUUGGUGGGAACACUGAUGGGCUUAGCGGUUUAUAACAGUAUCGCUCUGGACAUCCACUUCCCUCUUUACUGUUACAGGAAGCUCCUCAGUCCACCAACUGUACCAUGUGACCAGAAUGCCUUUGUUGGCAUGGCAACAGCCACCUUAGAGGACCUGCAGCAGGUCAUGCCGGAGCUGGCUCAUGGUUUAGGGGAGCUGCUGAGCUACGAGGGAAAUGUGGAGGAGGACUUCUACCUCACCUUCCAGAUUAGUCAGGAGGAGAUGGGCAUUAUGAAAUCCUACAACCUGAAGCCUGGAGGAGAUAAAAUCCCUGUCACCAAGCAGAACAGAAAAGAGUAUGUCCAGCUCUAUGUCGACUUCCUGCUGAAUAAGUCCAUUUAUAAACAGUUUGCUGCCUUUUACCACGGCUUCCAUAGUGUGUGUGCCUCUGAUGCCUUGAUGCUGCUGCGGCCAGAGGAAGUGGAGAUGCUGGUGUGUGGGAGUCCAGAGCUUGACAUGAGCGCGCUGCAGAAAGCUGCCCAAUAUGAAGGAUACAGCAAAGCAGACACCACAGUCAGGUGUUUCUGGGAAGUGGUGUUGGCCUUCACCCUGGAACUGCAGAAGAAGCUUCUCCACUUUGCCACAGGAAGUGAUCGCGUUCCUGUCGGGGGCAUGGCUGACCUCAACUUUAAAAUCUCCAAAAUCGAUGUUCCAACUGACUGGCUGCCCGUCUCUCACACAUGUUUCAAUCAGAUCUGCUUGCCUCCCUACCGUACCAGGAAGGAGCUCAAACACAAACUCACCAUCGCCAUCUCCAACGCCGAAGGCUUUGGCCUGGAGUGACCAGUCGGAAAGCUCAAACACACAUGUGCACACUAACUGUUAGUACUACAAUGUGUCUGCCUUUCACCGACGUGAUGCACGGAUCUUCAUGGCUGAACAUCUGACUGGAAAUGCAUCGCUCAGCAGGGCAGACACAGUUGGAUUAAUCAAUUUAGCUCUUCCUUUGUUAUUUUUUUAAACCUGCCACGUUUAACUUAUUGUAUUUGCACAUGGACUCUUGUUGGUUCUGCUAUAAACUGGCCUGACAUGAAGGAAACUGCACAAGGAAGUUGUCAACUUUGUAAUUGCAGUACUGUGCAAAACCCUGAGGCAAUUUAGAUUAAAAAUGUUUACAUGAGAAAAAUCAGAGAACAGUGAGGCAGCAGCACAGAAAAUCUUUAGAAACAUUUAGAAAGUGUCUGGUUGCAUUGAAUGUUUAUAUGAGAUGGUUUGAAAAUAUCAGAACUCUUUCUUCUGCCUUUCUAGUGCUUAAUCAAUAUAAAAAUGGUGCAACAUGUGCUUAGCUUUUCUGUGUUUAAUCCUUUUGCACAAUAUUGUAAUUAUCGCCUGAAAAUAGGUAUAAAGUUUAACUAAAUUUGAGACGAGCGAAAUAAGAAAGAAAGCUUGUUCAAAGAUUAUUAUUUUAGAAAACUGAGAAUAAUCUUGUGUUACGCAUUUCAGUUUUACAAUUGAUCUCUCAAGAAUAUGGAAUCAAUCGGAGAAUAUAAUUAGUUUCAAAGCAGAAAAAGUUUAUUUCUCUCAGGUAAAAGUAUUCCACGCUGUCAUAUUAUUUUGUAAAUGAAUAUUGCUCUACCACUAUAUAGUUCAUUUUGAUCUUUUUUUAAAUUACUUAUGGAGUAUUGAUCAUCAAUUGGCAGGUACAAUAGUGUCAGCAUCAGUAAGCUAACUUGUUUGAGAUGUAUGAAUUAUUUGUGUUGUGUGCAGACUGUAGUCACUUUGAUUAUAUUCCACAAACUGUCUUGGUAUGUGUUUGCAGCACACUGUUGUGAUUUUUAUUGCUGUGCAGGGAGAAGAGUGUGCCUGUAUAUCUUGUGGGUUGAGAUCGCUUCAUGGUUUUAUUGACAUUGCUGCUUUUGUGUCAAACAAAGGCCGCAGCAAAAGUGCUUCAGCCUUUUCCUAUGAAUGUGGAAGCCGAGCUGUAGACUGACAGCUUAGAGUUUGUUUGUCAUGGCUGCCAUCAGCCUGGAGAAGAGGGGACCUCGCAGUUCAUGACCAUUUUUGGUGGUUGAAUUUAGAACAGUAUUUACCUUAAAGGUCUGCACUUGAAGGAAUUAUAGUUUAUCCGUGGCUGCACGAGCUUGUGCAAAGCUGGGAAGGGUCAUGACAAAUCAGUGCAGAAGGAAGGGAGUGUGGAGUUUUGAAUAAGUUCUGAGGCCUUCAACAUUACCUCAAACCCUGUUAAAGUACCAAAGUAGCUUUGGUUGCUAACCUCACAAAAAAAAAGACCAACAAGUGAAAGAAAAGAGAUAAAGCCAUUAAUGUCAACGUUAAGUUGGCUUUUGUGCACAGGUGUCAAGCUCCAGGCCUCAAGGGCCGGUGUCCUACGUGUUUUCUAACCAAACUGCCAUUGAAGCUUCUUAUUGGCUAAACACACCUGAUCCAGGUAAUCAGCAGCAGAUGAGGCAGGGUUUCUGAAACACCAGCAGGACACCGGCCCUAGAGGUCUGGAGUUUGACACCCCUGCUUUAGGGGGUUGAAUUGACUUAAGGAUAGACUGAUAAAUCUAUUAUUUAAAUAUCUUUGCUUGCAAUUUUGCUUUAUAGAAAAAAAAAAACUGUUUGAUGUUUAUUUAGUUCAUUUCUUAAGUAAAUAACUUCCACUUUAGUUUACUUAAAAUCAUAUUGUGAAAACCUUUUCAUGAUCAAACAAAAUUUGUUUUAGAAUAGAUAUUAUACUAAUAAUUGAUAUUAUUAUUAUUAGAAGUUGAACCAAAUUUUGAGCAUGGUGAAACGAUAAAAUGAAUUUGAUUAGUUUGUCAGUGGUUUGCAGCUCUAUCUGGCAGUGGGACUGCUCUGAGUGGGAACUUUUCUAAUCGAACCACAUUCAGUGGAACUAGAGUUUUAAUUGUUUUAAAUAUACCUGGAGCACAUUCAGUUGCUAUGUCCAUUUACAAUUCCUGUUUAUCUGCUGGUGUGAUCCUUUUCUUUUUCUUCAGCUGUGUUUGCAAAGAAUAAAACACGCUUUUUUAUUUUUAUUUUCAUGAAUAUUUGGACCACAGUUGUUGCAGAUCACUCUGUCAAUGUGUUUUUUGAUUAAUGUCUAUUCCAAGAAAACAGCUUUUCGAGAUUACAAAGUGUGGGCAGUAAUUGCAUAAAGUCAUCAUGCUGCAUAAGUUUGGUCACAAGUGCCCUACCCGGUCCUCUUUUUCUGAUUAAAUAAAUUUCUGUUUGUUGAGAAAUGGCAACAUUUCUUUGUUUUAACUUGUUUCAUAUCGUUAACUUUUCUUAAAAAUGUGUCAAAUAUGAAUUUCCAACAUAGAGGCAGCUCAAAACAGAACCAUACAAUUUGGAUUUGGAACAAAAAUGCACCACGAAGGCCUUCUGUAACUCCCGAGUGUUGGCUCCGAACCAGCGGAGCUCCUCUAUAGAACGUUGCCAUGGCAAAACCGAGCUAAAAGAGAAAUUCCAAUGUCUGAGCAACGGUCAAGAAACCUCUGUGCUGCACUCUCCAAAUUUAUAUCAGUCUAAUCUGGGUCACUUUUUCACCAAACCGCAGGAGUUUAUGUUUGGUUUGGUUCGAAAAAGCUUCUCUUUCAACAAAGCAUCCAUUAUGCAAGUCUAUAAACUAUCUUCAGCAAAAAAGCCAAAAGCAACCUUUUCCUAAACAAAUCAGUUUAACAGCAGAUCAGUUGGCUGUUUGAACAAUUACAAAUCUACAAACUUCCUAACCUUCUGCUUCUAAGAGGUGACAUUUAUUGAAGACUGAAAAAAGCAUUAAUACAAUCAAGAAGCAUUUAUAGAACUUGUUUGCCUACUUCAUCCAAAUUUAUAAAAUCUAAUCAGGCCACUUCUAUUUUUAGUGUCUUUAUUUUUUUUAAAGUUCACAGUGGAUCCUUUUUGUCAUGUAAUGCUUGGUUCAGAGUAGCAGCAGGAAGGAAUCAUCCAAGAAAUCAACAUUUUUAUUUUAGGUUUGACACCAUGUGAAAGAACCUCAUUAUUGUUAAAAGAAGAUUUGUAUUUAUUUGUUGUCUGGAAACAGGACCAAACUCUUGUCAGGUUAAACAGUAGAACGAUCUUAACAAAAGUCUGAAAAUACUUCAGAGGGGAUCCAAAAGUUAUGUAAAGUCAUGUAAAGAGUGAAAAAAACACUUGUCGUUAGAGGAGAAGAUGAACAAGACAGGGUUUUUCUUUUGAAACUGUAAACCUUAGGGUUGAUCAGCAUUUAUCUGAAGCGGUGCACAUGCAGAGCCUAUUGCCCAAGCAUGACCUAGUUUUGUAAAAUGUAAAUGUGUUUUGCUUUUCUUUCACUCCGGCCUUAUGUAAUGCAUUGUGUGUACAGCUGAGAUUCAACAGUUACAGUAAAAGUUCACCCCUCAAGUUCA